AUGGCCAGCAUCGGUGUCGGUGAGCGGAAAAAAUCAGACGCAGCAAAGUAUCACUCCGCCUUUAUAUUCUCUCUCUUUCCCAAUGUCCCACCAUGCCUUCGGUUUCCUGACGAGAACGACAAAAUUGACCUCUUACCGUGGGAAUUCCGAAAACUGCUGCACUGGAGACCAAGUCUCAUGACCCCUGCGGUUGUAAAACAAAUUCUAAUCAGGGCGCAUUUUCGCUCAUCGACAUCAACGACAGCAACUGAAGAACUAGAUGCAACAGGUAACUUGGUCCAUCUGCUUUUAGUGAACCAUCUCCCCUGUUCAUUUCACCUUGGUCGCAAGGAUAGAUUGUGGCGAAAUAUUUCAGCCAUGCAAAGCAGAUUCGGCGUGGCGAAUUUCGAUUUCGCACCUCUUACCUUUUGUAUGCCGACCGAUGUCGAGAAGUUUAAGGCCGUCUGGGACGCAGAGGGUGAUGAUCACCAGUGGAUCCUUAAACCACCUGCAUCGGCAAGAGGACUGGGUAUACGACUUGUAAAUAAAUGGUCCCAGAUUCCAAAGAAGAAGCCUCUAAUUGUUCAAAGGUACAUCCACAACCCUUACUUAAUCAACAACAGCAAAUUUGACCUCCGUAUCUACGUUUUUAUCUACUCUGUCCACCCGUUAAUCGUUUACGUCCACGAGGAUGGCCUAGUUCGCUUUGCUUCACACAAAUACACCAACUCACCCCGUUUUGUUGGGAAUCGGUUUGUCCACCUUACGAACUACUCCAUCAACCGCCAAAACGUUGACUACGUUUCUAACACGAGUGACGAAGCCUGCAAAGGCCACAAGUGGAGUCUCCGAGCGCUCUGGACCUUUCUUCGCUCACGUAACGUCAAACCCGAACUUGUGUGGAGUUCAAUCAAGGACGUAAUCGCUAAAACAUGCAUCGCCAUUGAACCUCAUUUAAAGACUGCGGUCGACACCUACUGUAACUCGCCGUAUAGCGCUCAGGAACUCUUCGGGUUUGAUAUCUUUCUUGAUGAAACUUUGAAGCCGUGGAUUUUGGAGGUCAAUGUUUCACCAAGCAUGCAUAUAGACUCGCCUCUAGAUUCUAAAAUUAAAGGCUCUGUGGUUAAGGAUAUGCUAAACCUGGCAGGACUUCAUUUACCAUCACCCAAAGAUAUUGCUGCUGGGACUGUGAAGAUGCCUCUCGCAUCUCCGACCUCAGGAAAUCUACGUCUUCCGCCAUUUCAGCACAUGAACAUUAGUCCAGACCCAAAUAACGUACGAUCCAACACCCAACUAAACGAAAACCACCACCAAAAUGCGAAUCCCUCUGGAGAUGACUUUUUAUAUGAAAACGGUAAUAAAAACCGUAGUUGCAAAAAUUGCCUUAUCCUUUUCCAGCAUAUUUCAAGAGUAAAAGUUAACAAAAAGACCCUGAACUUCACAUUCGGUAAGCCGGGCAUACUUACGUGUCUAGGUUCCGCAAAUUGGAUUAAAGAAACCAAAAAACCGCCAGCAGCAUCCCACCCCUGGCUACUGGACCGUAGAAUUACGAUGGUCAGGUUGAGCGAGGAUGAGCGUAAAAAACACAAGUAUUACAUCUUGCGAGCCUAUGAGGCCGGAUUCCCCGUGCCCGUUGGCGAUAAUGAAAAGACUCCUUCGUCGAAGUGCGUCGAAAGUCUAACCACCGUGAACCAAUCCAACAUCGAAGAUGUUGUACGUCCUACAUCUCAAUCAUUUCUUUUUAACGACGUACAAGCCUCCAAAAGUGUAUCUCAAGGGGCAGGACCCGAAUCACCGGACCUAACUACUUUCCUGAAACAGCAGAGGGACCGAAAACUCGCUAUGGAACAGCGAAAACUUGAAAGACGACAACUAUUGCAAUCUGCAACUUCUAAGGCUUCGGGUACCGCUCAAUUGGAAACAAAUGAGGAUCAAAAAUCGCACUUAUUCGCGAUGCCUGGACGGAAAUCCGAACAGGCCAUUACAGCUACAGACCCUAAAUCUAACUCAUCAAAAACCAGUAACCAGUGGCCUAUUCUGGAUCGCUUCCGAUGGGUUGUGGAGGGCAUUUUCGAAUUUAUUACGCCCUUCGACUUACGUUGUCUCAUCGAGAUGCUCGACGCUAGACACCGCGCUGGAUGCUUUCAGCCGGUGUUUCCAGCGGAAACAGCGGACAUAACAGUUCCUUAUCUCUGCUUCUUUGAGAAACCACGUUACUCAAAUCUUCUUAUUUCGGCUUAUUUGGAUAAAUAUGGAAUGUCGUCGGAAGGUAUUAAGAAGCUCGCUGAGUUAUGCGAAAAGGAGGUGCACUUGAAGUCGUGCCUUUUCGGAGACGAGGUGGACGCAAGUAACAUUUGGAAGCCUCCAGAGUCCGGAGCUUAUAAUCACUCAGAAACCCGAAUAAAGAAAAAGUACGCCUUCGGCUAA